GCACCUUCGAGCUCAUGACCACAGGUCUGCCGCCGCGUGACCUCGAGUGCUCCGGCGACGUGAACUGCUCCAUCGACCCUGUGUGCGCCGCCGUCGACGCCAUCCAGGGCCACCUCAGAGCUUUCGCCACAUCCAGGUAUGUAAAAACAUAUCUCUAGAUCUAUAUUGACCUUGCGGUAGUUCAUCGGAGUUCUUCACUGUUUAUCAGUCCUUCAAUGCUACUUUUGUUUAGAUCUAGCUUUUAAUGAUUUCCUUAUUGAAAUAGAGCGGUGCUAGUCUCAACUCCAUUUUUGCGUCUAGGAGUCUCAUAUCCCCUUCAGAAUCUAUAAAUAGGACGACCAUAGCUUUGAGGCCGUCACCUUAGGUUUAGCAAUUCCUUUGCCUUUUAGACCAUUUUGUAGAUCCGUAAUCGUAGAUGUCUUGAGUGGAAACUUGUUUUUUCAACACUUAGUCGAAAAUCAAAAUUCUGUAGUAUAGAAUAAGGCGCCUUCUAUCUUGCCGUCUCAUGAUUGUGUUUUGUGACUCGCCUGACUUUAAAGUCGUCUUUUCAUCGCACUUAGCUCAGCAUGACUCACCUAUAGCAGAAGUUAUUCCUCUCUUAGGCAGAUUUAUAAUUUUGGGCGGUUCAUUUGGAUGUAGACCCGCCCUUUGUUCAUAGCUAUUUAUUGGGUCUCCUUUUGUCGUAUGCACCAUUGGCGACUUGUUAUCCUUAAACAACUCGCGGCUUAAACACGUCCGCAAUUGUUUAACACUUCGGCGACUCAUUGUCGAAAACUAUGACUUGUUCAUAACUAUUUAUUGGGUCGCCUUUUGUCGUAUGCACCAUUGGCGACUUGUUAUCCUUAAACAACUCGCCGCUUAAACACGUCCGCAGUUGUUUAACACUUCGGCGACUCAUUGUUGAAAACUAUGACUUGCAACUGGGCAAGGUCUAAAGUCAACAAACUUGUACUUGAUAACCUUGUGACUCAAGGUCUAUUGCCAUUUCAAAAUUUCAUUGACUGGCAUAUACCAGAAGGAGAAAACUCACCUAGCCGGGUCAAGGAGAUGUCGUUGUCUUUGUGGAUCAUGUCUGGAGGGGUUUUACGCCACCCGGCUGAAAAUUCCUUAAGGUUUUCCUUCACUUCUUCGACCUCCAUCCUCAAGAAAAUGGUCCCCAUUCAAUGACCUAUUUGUGCCAGUUUCAAGUAUUUUGCAAGGUCUAUCUCCAGACAGAGCCAACUGUUGCUCUUUUCAGAGAGUUCUUCUAUAUUAAUCACCAAAUAGAAUGUGCGGGCGGCCCUAGUGUCGAACUUGGUGGCGUAUCGCUAAAGAGGCAGAGGAAUUGCUCCUUUCCAUAGGUGAAAUUGGAAAGUAAUCCAAAAGGAUGGACCUCAACAUGGUUCUACUACAAGAACACCGCCCGUGCCGUUGAGAACCACCUACGGGGUUACAGACCAGAUCGUCUCAAUGCAACCCAUGUUUAUUCGGAUUGGGGCACUGAUGAGCAAUGCCAAGCCAUUGCCCCUCUCCAUAACAAGAUAGGAGCUUUGAAAGAAAAUGGUCUUACCGGAAUUAGAGGUAGAACUUGACUCCCUCGGCCAUCUUUUUAUUGAACUUGCUAACGCCUAUUAUUCUCAGGAUAACACCGAAACAAGCUGGGCUAGUGAAGCUGAGAAAGCACAACGUGAAGGUGAAUCAAGACGCCAAACCCGGAGCAGCUCUGGAGAGCUCGUUGCUGGCUUAUCAAACAUACCAUCCGCCCGCAAGCGACGUACAGAGGAGUCGCCACCAUCCUCUACAGAUUCAAUUGGUACUCAGCUGCCUCCAUUUACCAUCAACCAAGGUGUCCAAGCCAAGAACAGAAAAAUCGUUGAGUCAUCUGCCACCCCAACUGUCAAUGAGAGCCAAGAUCUUCAGCAAGGUAACCCAGAAAUUCCAGUUACUAAAACAAACUUGGACGACCCGCAGCUGGCCAAGGAGCCAAUUUUAACUGAUAAGCCACCAAUGGCUGAAGAAGACCUUAUUUAUGAUCAAGCCCAGCCAGACGAGCCGGUUGACCAUCUUCAGCCGCCAAGCCUGACUCAUACUCCAAGCCCUCAUCAAGAGCCUGAAAAUGCUAACCAGAUGAUAGUUGAUGCUGAAGUGGUUAUUACUGGAACAGGUCACGGUGCUGCCAAUACCUCAACUAGCUGGACCAAGAUCCCAGCCAAGGAUGAGCCGGCUUGUGAAGACAAGGGUAAAGCAAAAUUGGAGCUUCCUGGCUUUGAUAAUAUGACCAGUGAAGAGCUUCAGCAUGAGUUCUUGACUCGGCUGUCUGAAAGCCGUGAUAUAGAAGCCAACAUAGUCAAUAUGUUGAAGAAGAAACAUGAGAUCAAAGCAGAGUCGAGCAUGCAAUCCACUGUUGAAGAGUUAGAGAAAGUGAAGGCGGCUUUUGAUAAGGAAAGAGCCUCCUUUGAAACCCAAAAAUCGGUGCUGAAGGACAAUUGAAGCCAGUGACUGGAGAAAUUGAUGGAUUAAAGCACCAUAUUGCACAGAAGACUCCAGCCAUAUUUGGUAUCAGAAGUCACAACCUCUGUUAGAAUAACUUGUUGAAACUGAAGGCCAUUUAUCCUUUCUUGGAAAAACUAUAUGUUGCAAGUUUUUCUACCAUCAUGGCUGUGACGGGUGGAAAAUACCAGCAAUGAUUCAUAAGAGAUGUAUUGAAGAUGCUAUCAACUGUUCCAAAGAAAAUCGAAGAACUGAAGAGAUCAACCGCCUGAGCAGGAGCAGUGGAGUCGCUAAGCCGUGCCAAAGAGUACGUGUCAGAUAUGGAACUUUUAGAGAUAGCUGUCGGGUUUCCUCAAUACAAAGAUGAUGGAAAUGAGUUUUCAGUGGCGGAUUACGCUCAUUGUAUGAAGGAGACUGUCAGGGUACACAAACAUGGGUGUAUGUUUUCCCCUGACUUGUGCACGGACAGCAAACCUCCGGUCCGGCAACACUCAGCAUCCAAGACCAGGCCAAGCAUAAGAGAUCAGCUCUUUGAGAAAUCAAAGGGCGGAUCAAGAAGAACAAGAGCAAGCUAAAGGAGCUAGGCACCCCUAAGGAAAAACCUCCCUUGUCGGGGAGGUGAGCCUGGCGAGGUCGAGGUUUCCCCGAAGACAAGUCUCAAGACUGUCCCGGCAGGCCUGCUGGGCAUGAUGAUGGCGGAUUACCCCGCCAAGUCUCCACCGAUCCACCUCAUAGCAACGCAAGUCACCAAUCUGUGCGGUGUUGAGCACCCAAGUGACUAAGUGGUUGUUAUUUGGCACGUGGCAGCCACUUCCAAAGGAAAUCACCACCAAAUGACACCCGUCCAGGGAUGCAUCAUGUAGACAGGCGAGAAGGUGGCAGAACGGCCCGUCAAGACUUGCCGGGCUACACUAUGAUGUGACCCUAAGUGGUGCAUUUAAUGCGCCUUGUCCUGUCUGCAGAGUUAUGUAUGAUUGCACUGUUUGCUAUCUAAUCAUUACGCAAUGACUGAUUUGCCUUUGUGAUGACCCCUUGAUCUAUAAAAGGAGGGUCGUGGCAACCUUAGAAAGGAUACGGACCCUGGUACACUCAUACGCGCGCAGCUGCUCUCCCCCCGAGGCAACCUUACUGGCCUAGAGUGCUGCAUCUCCACUAUGGUCCUCUCAUCAAUCCACCAAAGCAAGAGUAGGGUUUUACGCCUCGCGGCGGCCCGAACCUAGGUAAAAACUGCCCGUGUGAUCGCUGACGCGCUGCUAUGCACCCACCGCUCUUUGUGCAAUGUGCUCUUCUCCCCUGCCAAACCACAAGGGGCUGAUGGCCCCAUAGGUGGCCACGUUUUCCCACGACUUCUUUGGCGUGCCAGGUAGGGGGAAGCGCUUGCGCGAACCCGAGAGUGUACGCAGCAUGUCAUCUUCAUCAUCGUUUUCUUCAUCGAUGGCUUCAUCGUCCAUGAACCCAAGAAAAGUGAAGGAAAUAUGCCCUAGAGGCAAUAAUAAAGUUGUUAUUUAUAUUUCCUUAUAUCAUGAUAAA